AUGCAACUUGUCCAUAUCCAGGCUCCGCGGCAUUUCGAUGCCGAGAUCGCCAUCAACAAAUACCGUGGACCAGCUCUGGAUGCACCGACUACUGAGAUCGACGACACCUGGCAUGAGAUCGGGUUGGGAGCUUCUGGAAUCAGGCUGGCUGAGGGGUAUUUACGAAUUCUCAACAAGCCUGAUAUGACAGGGAGACCACUGCAUCGCAUCCCCGAAGAGUUUGGUGGUGGAUACCUAGGAUUACUGGAAAUAUUCCAUUUACUACAUUGUCUGGACUCUCUUCGACAAGCCACGUUCUAUAACUGGGAUUCCACUCUAACCUUGCGUCCAGACCAUUGCAUUGAUGCUGUGCGGUUCAGCCUUAUGUGCACAUCGGAUGUAACCCCUAUCACAUUCUUCGACAGCGAGUCCCUACCAGGAAGACAGUUGCCGUUGCCAAAUUUCUCCAGCUUGCAUACAUGCCGCAAUUUGGACCAGAUUUUGGAAUGGAACAUGAACAAUCCCAAUCAAGUGUUGUGGGAGGAGACCGGGAAUGCCUCGACUUUCAAACCGAAUGUGAAAACUGGGCCAGGACAUCAAAACAAAGUGGCUUAA